AUGGAUGCGACGAAUAGCUUCCAGCCCGAUAGCGGUAAAGGGCGAAUUUUCGAUGAGACCCUCUCUGAAAAGGUGCCCUCGGGCUUUGGAUCGUCGAAUCUACACUCAAAUCGAUUGACUGUGAACACCCAAGCCGGCGCCCUCCGCAACACACCAUUCGACUCACCAGCCACAGCGAAACGAACAACAGAUGGCCAGCCACAUGAAGAGCCCGCCAGAUCGCAGCAUUUUUCUCUAAGGACGCUGCCCGCUUGGAUUCGAUCGGUCGAAGUGGUGGAUGACGGAGAAGAAGCUCAAGCUAGUGAUCACCUCUUACCCUCCCAACCGAACGAUGCACGCGUAGCUCAACAUAAUCAUUCUCCUCAUGCAACCUCCCGGCAAGAAUAUUCUCUCUUCGAUGAGAGUCAAUCACCUUCGCAGACCCGUGAAUCCCGCUGGAAAACAUUUUCGCGCGCCAUCCAGUAUCCACGAGAACCUAAUGGGGAGAUCAAAGAGGUUACGCCAGAAUGGAUGAACGAUAAUCUUGGAGAUUACUCGGGGCCAUGGCGAGGCAAGCUUCUUGAAGGGGAUAGUCCGGAGUACCCAUUACACAACAAUGGACGCCGGGAAGUCUGGUUCAAACGCUUCCACAACCAGUUGCUUAGAAGCCCUAUUGUGCCGUUGAUUCUGCGCAUGACAGUUUGGAGCUUUUCACUCUCGGCCCUGGCUCUUGGUGGAUCAAUUCAGCAUAUGGCUAAGGGGCGACAUAGUGAAGGUCCGUCAGCGCUUAUGGCAAUCAUUGUCGACGCCGUGGCCCUGGUGUACCUUCUCUACAUCACAUUUGAUGAGUAUACCUCGAAGCCACUGGGACUCCGAUCCCCCUCAGCCAAAGCUCGGCUAAUUCUGCUCGACUUGUUCUUCAUUGUCUUCGACUCCGCCAAUCUUAGCCUAGCCUUCGACUCCUUGUCGAAUGUGACGGGGUCCUGCACCGAAGCAGAUAUCAACUACCAAAUAAGCCCUCAGAAUAACGCCAUCUGUGCGCGACAAAAGGCCCUGGCAUCUGUGCUCUUGGUUGCCCUCCUCGGCUGGCUCAUGACAUUCGCGAUCAGUGUUCUAAGACUCGUCGAGAGAGUGCAACGAUGA